AUGACGGACGACGCAAGCGGUGUCCACCCCAGCGAGCGCAUCAGGGAGGAGAAGGAGCGCGAGCGGGAGAGGCGCGAGCGCGAGCGCGAGGAGGCUGACCUGCAGGCUGAGCUGGAGGAAGAGCACAGGCGGCUGGUAAAGGAGCGCCAGGCUGAGAAGGCCGCGCUGCAGGCGGAACUGGCGCGCGAAGACAAAGAGGCGCAGGAACAGGCGAAGGCGCAGAAAUCAGAGUCUCCCAAGGCCACUGCGGAAGUGUUUCUGGUCGCUGCCAGCGGCAAAGGGGACGCCGAGCCUGACAAGUCGCACAAGUCGGACAAGUCUGACAAGGCUGCAGGAUCCCGUCCUUCUCAGGACGACGCAAGCGGUGUUCACCCCAGCGAGCGCGUCAGGGAGGAGAAGGAGCGCGAGCGGGAGAGGCACGAGCGCGAGCGCGAGGAGGCUGACCUGCAGGCUGAGCUGGAGGAAGAGCACAGGCGGCUGGUAAAGGAGCGCCAGGCUGAGAAGGCCGCGCUGCAGGCGGAACUGGCGCGCGAAGCCAAAGAGGCGCAGGAACAGGCGAAGGCGCAGAAAUCAGAGUCUCCCGAGGCCGCUGCGGAAGUGUUUCUGGCCGCUGCCAGCGGCAAAGGGGACGCCGAGUCUGACGAGUCGCACAAGUCGGACAAGUCUGACAAGGCUGCAGGAUCCCGUCCUUCUCAGGACGAUGCAAGCGGUGUGCACCCCAGCGAGCGCAUCAGGGAGGAGAGGGAGCGCGAGCGGGAGAGACGCGAGCGCGAGCGCGAGGAGGCUGACCUGCAGGCUGAGCUGGAGGAAGAGCACAGGCGGCUCGUAAAGGAGCGCCAGGCUGAGAAGGCCGCGCUGCAGGCGGAGCUGGCGCGCGAAGACAAAGAGGCGCAGGAACAGGCGAAGGCGCAGAAAUCAGAGUCGCCCAAGGCCGCUGCGGAAGUGUUUCUGGCCGCUGCCAGCGGCAAAGGGGACGCAGAGUCUGACGAGUCGCACAAGUCGGACAAGUCUGACAAGGCUGCAGGAUCCCGUCCUUCUCAGGAUGAUGCAAGCGGAGUGCGCCCCAGCGAGCGCAUCAGGGAGGAAAAGGAGCGCGAGCGGGAGAGACGCGAGCGCGAGCGCGAGGCGGCUGGCCUGCAGGCUGAGCUGGAGGAAGAGCACAAGCGGCUGGUAAAGGAGCGCCAGGCUGAGAAGGCCGCGCUGCAGGCGGAACUGGCGCGCGAAGCCAAAGAGGCGCAGGAACAGGCGAAGGCGCAGAAAUCCGAGUCGCCCAAGGGGCUGAUCGCGUUGGCGGCGGAGCCCAAGCCGCAGGACGGGCGCCAGAAGCAGCAAGGAGAGCGCCAGAGGCAGCAGGAGUACCACCUGAGGCAGCGGGAGGAGAACCGUCGCCAACAGCAGCGCGAGGAUGGCCGACAGGAGCGGCAGUUCAGAGAUGAGCUGAAGGCCGAGUGGAAGCAUGAGGCGGAGCGCCUCGAGAAGGAGGCCGCGGAGCUGCGCCAGGAGCUGCGAAAGACGGAGGAGGAGGAUGCCAAGAAGGAAGGCUCCACAAACCCAAGCCCCACAGACCUCAGCGCGGCCACGCAGGUGCAUUCCAUGUUGCCACUGGCGGCAGCUUUUUCCCUGGCGCUCACGGGCGUCUUGGUUGUGGAGAUGCGGCGCGUGCCGAACACGUCUGGAGCUCACUAUGAGCGACUUCUGGACGUGUGA